UGCCACUCUGCCUUCGACACGUCAAUCGACGGAGCUGUUGGCCACCAGUGCACCGUGCCCUCGUUACUUGAUUCCGUCGUAUCUGGUGCUCGGUACUGAUGUUCGCCUGCACAUGUCAUUCUUCUUCUACCCGACAUUGCUGCGCACGAGAAGUUCCAUCGUCGAGAGAAAGAAGAGUCCUUGGCUCUGAUCGAUCGUCCUGCUGCUCAUCCCUGUAUUGCAGCAUCCCAAACCGCGCUCGAUCCCACCGCAGAGUAGAAUUGCACGAGACUUGUUCAAAUCGGUCAAGUCCGCCGCUCUGCCUGCUUCAUCCGUAAAUCAAUAGGAAGAAGACACAUGACCAGAACUAGCAACGAUGCCGAGCAUUCCUGUCGCUAAUCCAGGCACAACCAGCACAGAGUUUGUGCCAAGCGAGGCAAAACCAGCCAUCAAGUUCUUUGUGAAGCGAUGGACCCCCUCCACGAGCCCGCCAACCGCUGCUGUCCUCUUCAUUCAUGGAUUUUUGGAGAACAUUGAGCGAUACGACCAUGUGUUUCCCGUGUUCGCUUCCAAGGGCAUCGCAGUCACAGCCUUUGAUCAGCGAGGGUUUGGGAAAACAGCAAAGGAUGGCACAGACAGCUGGAAAAAGAACCAUGGCAACACGACGAGAUCCUUGCAGUAUCAGGAUAUUGCGCAGUUUCUCAAGGACGAAAGGAAGAGGCUCGACCAGGAGUAUGGUCCCAGGUCCGUCCCCCUCUUUCUCGUUGGCCACAGCAUGGGUGGAGGCCUCGCAUUGGCCACUUUCACCAGGCCCAAAUCAGAGGCCUUCUUCCCCAGCGCCGUCCUUCAAGAUGUAAAAGGAGUCGUUGCGCUCGCCCCAUGGCUCCUGCUCGUCGACAAUCCGCCAUCGAUUGUACCAACAGCAGCUGGCUACCUCAUCUCUAUCUACCCUGGCGCCAAAAAGCAAGCCCCUUUGAAUCCUGAAUAUGUGUCGAAAGACCCGGAAGUGGUCGCGGAAUACCGAAAGAACCCGUUCACGAACCCCAAUGUCUACCUCAAAGCCAUCCAUGGUCCGCUUGCUAGUGGUCUGAACAUCUUGAACAAGGAGUACGUCAAUUUUCCCAAUGACAAGCCGUUGCUCAUCGUGCACGGCACGGCGGACAAGGUGUGCGACAUCAAGGGUAGCAGAGACUUUAUUCAGAGGGUCCAGGCGGACGACAAACAGCUGAUCGAGAUGGAAGGAUUGUACCAUGAACUGCACAACGAGCAAGGUGACGAGAAGGUGAAAGCCAUCAACCAUGUCAUUGACUGGAUUCUUGCCCAUGCAAAGAGCCCCGGAGGCCCGGAGUCGUCGGCUUCGGCUCCGAGCGCCUCUGCGGCCCCUGUCACAGCUACCUCCGUGCCUACCAGCGCAGACACUUCGGCAAAGAAGGCCUGGGCGACGCUGCUGACUGGCGAAAAGUACCUGCCGGGCUUGUUCGUUUUCUCGCGCAGCCUGCUGCAUGGACGGAACGCAAGUAGAUACCCGCUUAUCGUAAUGGUGACCGACGAUGUCUCGGCGGAGGCACAGCAAGUCAUCAAGGAGAUGGGCUGCAUUGUACGGAGAGUUGAUGCGCUCAUGCCGACGCAAAAAUCUGAGAUGCUUGCAGAGGAACGGUUCUCGCUCGUCUGGACAAAGCUUCGUGCCUUUGAGUUGGAAGAGUAUGAGCGCGUGAUCUUGAUCGACUCGGACAUGUUGGUCAGGAGGAAUAUGGAUGAGCUCAUGACUUGCAAGCUCGAUAGCGACAGCGGCAUCGCUGCGAGUUUCGCUUGCACGUGCAACCCUCGCAAGGUCGCGUCAUACCCCGCAUCCUGGAUAUCCGCGAACUGUGCUUUCACACCACAGUCGCACCCCGACGCCCUAACUCAUCCCACAACCGUGACACCAGAAUCACGCGACAACUAUCAUUUGUUGAACAGCGGCCUCGUCGUGCUUACCCCGUCCAAGGCGGUGAUGGAGGAUAUGAGCAGGCAAAUCGCUACAGAUCCAGAGAUCCCGGCCUUCCGCUUCCCAGAUCAGGACUUCCUCGCCAAAUAUUACAAAGGACGCUUCACUCCACUCCCUUGGGUCUACAAUGCGCUGAAGCCGUUGCGUAAGUGCCACACCAACAUUUGGCGCGACGAGGAGGUCCGCAACGUGCACUACAUUCUUGACAAACCAUGGGCCGUGGGCUACCCUGGCAACGAGGAAGAUGACCCAGAUGCGGUGACGCACAGCUGGUGGUGGAAAGCAUACGAGGAUGCCAAGGCGCAUCGUGAAGGUUUGCUGGCCGAAAGCGACCAAUGGGAAGAGUACAUUGGGCGCUUCGUGCGCGAGGAGCCAAGGGAUGUCGUGAAUGCGGCCCAACCACAGCCGGCGCUUGGGACACCUGCACAGGCAAUCGAGGCCCAUCUGUGACAGGAUGACACCCAAGGCAUCUUGCAUGUUAUCGAACUGGCUUUUUGUACUAAAGGAACGUAUGCAGGCCUCUUCAGCGUAAAGUGUACGAAGGCGUGCAUCUGGGAAUCACAAA